UAUACCCUUGAUUUCUCUUGUUUAGUAGUAGAGAAGAGGGUAAUUUGGUAAAUGACGAAGUAAGUACAUUGAGCUUCUUCGCGGACAGAGACACUAUCUCUCUCUCUCUCUACCCUUUGGAUCUUUCUUCUCGAUCAAUUAUCCAUUUUGCCCAGAUUUUUUCCAGAAGCUCAUCGAAUUCAUCGAAUCACAAUGUUUGAAAUUUGGUUUCACUGUUGCUGAGUGUGUUUGGAGGAGAAGCUUGAUUGGUUCGGUGUUUCACUGUUUGAAGAUUAUAAGAGUUAUGGAGAAUGGUGGUCAGUAUGAUAAUGCGCGGUUCAAGCCCGAUUACUUCAAAGGUGCACAAUCUAUGUGGAAUAUGAUUCCCCAGCAUCAGAUUAAGGAACAACAUAAUGCGUUGGUGAUGAAUAAGAAGAUCAUGUCCAUCCUUGCUGAGAGAGACGCUGCUGUACAUGAAAGAAAUCAAGCUGUCUCUGCUAAAAAGGAAGCUGUCGCUGCUCGGGACGAAGCGCUUCAGCAACGUGACAAAGCUCUUUCUGAGAGAGAUAAAGCUUUGAUAGAGAGAGAUAAUGCUUAUGCUGCUCUUCAACACCAUGAAAAUAGUCUCAACUUUGCUUUGUCUGGUGGGAAGUGUGUUGAUGGAGAUGAUUGUUUUGGUAUUGGGGAACCCCACAAACUUGAAGUCUUCCCUUUGUCAACUAUUCCGCCUGAGGUUACAAACACGAAGGUGGUGAACAAAAGGAAGAAAGAGAACAAGCAGGGACUAUCAAAGGUGAAAAAAGUGGGUGAAGAUCUGAACCGUCGAGUUCCUGCUCCUGGAAAGAAAUCUAGAACAGAUUGGGACAGUCAAGAUGUCGGUUUGAACUUAGUCACCUUCGAUGAGACGACAAUGCCUGUACCCAUGUGUUCGUGCACAGGCUCUACGCGUCAGUGUUACAAAUGGGGAAAUGGCGGCUGGCAAUCGUCUUGCUGCACAACCACCUUAUCCCAGUAUCCAUUACCGCAGAUGCCAAACAAGAGGCAUUCUCGGAUGGGCGGUAGGAAAAUGAGCGGAAACGUUUUCUCGAGAUUACUCAGCCGUUUAUCAGCAGAAGGAUAUGAUCUCUCGUGUCCUGUUGAUCUUAAAGACUAUUGGGCUAGGCACGGGACAAACCGCUACAUCACUAUCAAGUAGCCUCUGUUGUUUACACAGUCCAAGUAUGUUUCUCUCGUCUUCUUAAGAUUAGGUGUUGUCUUUGUCUUUAUUGUCCAUAGUUUGUUCUUUGUUGUGUAUGGUAAAACCAUUGUUAUGUGUAUCUUUUGGAUGGGCAAAAAUGGUUUGCAUAAAAAAUCUGUGUUUUGACCUCAAAAAAUAAAAUAAAAUCGUAACAGUUAAAAAUCAAAAUCUGUUACCCCUUUGAUAGCAAAAUCUG